ACACAGUUUUGCUAACAGGUGUGUUUAUCUUCCUCGAACACAAGUGAUGGAGAGUCGAUUCCAAAAGAGUCGAUUCUUUGAACUCCAACGCGUCUGAGAGUGAGGGCCGACUCUUGGCCAGUGACUCUGAGAGUCGAAAGAACUAAACACAAUGCAAUCGAAACAUUAAACGUAAUGUAAUGGAUUUUGUCUCCUUUCACUUCUAUCCGUUUACAAACUUCUGUUGAAUACACAGUAUACUAACGAAACUUCGGUGACGUCACGUUCCUCAUUUUUCCUCACUGGCUGGUUGAGGAAGUGAAAGUAGUGCACAUAACACAAUACUGCUGUUUUCUGUCUAACCGUCGCCAUUUCAGUAUAGAAUCCUUAAAAGCCCACAAAAACAGGCGUUUCAGCAUGUAGUCAACCAUGACAUUGCCUUGAGUACCUGUAAAUAAGUUUACUAACAUGUUUUAAGGGUUAAUAUCCUGUGGGGUUAACUCUCUCUCCACCCGGACUAUGUAUGAGAUUCCCUACACACAGUGAGAAAUGGAACUGUCCAGCUGCCUCAUGCCAACUUUGAUUCAUGAUGACUGUUUGUGUCCUGAGUCCUGGCGUCGGAUUGGUUCUGGUGGAUUUGGACAGAUCUAUAGGACGAAACAUACAAAAUGGGGGAUAAAAAUUGCCAUAAAGUUAUUACAUUGUAAAGACAGUUCCGCUUCAGCUCUUCUCCGAGAGGCAGACCUGAUGCGUCACGGUGGGAAUCCCAACGUGCUGAGAAUUCUGGGUGUGUAUAAAGGUCACCCUCCAGAAGAAGCCUCUACUCAGUUAGGUUUAGUGAUGGAGUACAUGGAGAGGGGCUCUCUGGCGGACCUGCAGAGAGCUCUGAACGGACCCCCUCCAUGGGCCCUUGCUUUCCGCAUCACGCACCAGAUCGCUCUGGGCAUGAACUUUCUCCACCAGCUGGAUCCACCUCUGCUGCACCUGGAUCUUAAGCCCAGCAACGUGCUGCUGGAUGACAGCCUCAAUGCCAAGCUCACAGAUUUUGGUUUGGCAAAAGUGGCCCAGAGCGCUUCCAGAAUGGCCAGAGAGAGAGACGAGGAGACAGGUGGGACCACAAGCUACAUGCCUCCAGAAGCAUUUCAGCUUUCUUCUUAUACUCCCAGCUUUUCCUCUGACAUUUACAGCUAUGGUAUACUCUUGUGGUCAGUUAUAACUGGAAAGGAGCCUUACGACAGUGUGAUCUCUAGUCUGGUGAGGUUUCGCAUUCCUGAAGGAGACAGACCUGAUCUGACCUCUGUGGACAGCAGCCAGGCAGCUGGGCUUAGUGAACUGGUCGAGCUGAUGCAGCACUGCUGGGAUGACAACCCUAAACAGAGACCUUCCUUCAUGGAUUGUAUUAAGGUGACUACGAAGGUGUACACGUUGCACAAGAAGGAAGUACAUGACGAUGUCUGUGCUGUUCAGAAAAAGCUGGAUGACAAAGACAAAGUCAGUUCCGGUCUGAAAUCACUCCAUAUCACCUCCAAAACACAGAACGGAUGUGUAAAAGAAAACUCUCAUUAUUCUGUGAAGACUGAGCCAACUCCUGUGCAGGCCACAGGCAGUACUGCAAACUCAAGGCCCAAAGAACCAGAGACAUUUGCUUGUCAACGCGCUCCAACUUCAUCAGGAACCAAUCACAAACCAGCUGCCAAAGCACCACCCACCACACAUAGGCCUCCAAUGACCCAGCGCCAGUACUCAACACCAGGCAAUGUGAGCAUCAGCCUAUCCAACGUCACCGGAGUGCAGAUUGGCAACAACAACUAUAUGAACAUAUAUGUACCACAUCAGAGACAGCGGCAGAGACACCCGACAGCGCCCUCUCAUUUCAAUCUUCCAAGUUCUCAUCAACCUUCCAAAUAUCAACAGAAUUCACAACAUAAACCAUAACUACCUUUCUUUAAUACAUUUGGCUGCCUCAUUGACUGUGUCACACAUAGGUUAAAGUUCAGCAAAAUGAUCAAAUAUACACAAUUUUUCCCCAACAUAAUUGAUCAGCUAAGACAUGUUUGAUGUCCAGUUUCUGGUUCUUUAGCUAUGAGGCUAAUGCAGCUAUCACAGAAUGGAAGUCUACAUCCCCAGAAAUCUUUUUGGGGUUAGACUGCUGUUAACUUUCUAUCUACAGUGUAAAACUAAAGAAGCAAAUAUUAGACACUGAAUGUUUAUAGCCAUGUUUUGGCUAAGGGCAAAAUUGUGUAUGUUUGAUUUUUGGGUGAACCAGAUAGACUAGGCCUGUGCUGGUAGCAAAGUUUUUGGUUCAAAUUGUGACUCAUUAGGUUGAAAUAAAUUCUUAUUGCUUAAACUAUUUGGCCAAAAAUAUGUGGACACCUGACUGUCAAACCUAUAUGAGCUUGUUGGACAUUCCAUUCCAAAACUAUGGGCAUUAAUACAAAGUUAAUGCCCCCCCUCCACCACCCCCGCAUAUGUGGCUAUAACAGCCUCCACUCUUCUGGGAAGGCUUUCCACAAGAUUUUGAAGUGUGUGGAAAUUUUUACCCACGAGGUCAGACACUGAUAAUUACUUUCUAAUUCAUACCAAAGGUUUUCAGUGGGGUUGAGGUCAAGGCUCUGUGCAGGUCACUGGAGUUCCCCCACACCAAACUCAUAAAACCAUGUCUUUAGGGACUUGCUUUGUGCACAG